ACACUCACACUCACAUACUCACCCUCCUCCAGCCCCACCGCCCACACCAUGGCUGCGCCUGCCCUGUCCGUCUGUUCCAGCAACCUGAGCUAUGGCAGCCGGGUCUGCCUGCCCGGUCCCUGUGACUCCUGCACCGGCUCCUCCUGGCAGGUAGACGACUGCCCAGAGAGCUGCUGCGAGCCCCCCUGCUGCGCCCCGACCCCCUGCCUGAGCCUCCUCUGCGCCCCAGCGAGCUGUGAGCCCUGCCCCUGCCCAUCUGCCUGCACCAGCUCCUGCACGGCCUUGUGCUGCCCGCAGUCUAGCUGCCAGCCCUCCUGCUGCACCUCCUCUCCCUGCCAGCAGGACUGCUGUGAGCCUGUGUGCUGCAGGCCUGUGUGCUGCAGGCCCGUGUGCUGCAGGCCCGUGUGCUGUGAGCCCACCCCCUGCCCCUCGUCCUGCUACAGACCCUCCUCCUGUGUGUCCCUGCUCUGCCGCCCUGUGUGCAGACCCGCCUGCUGUGCCCCUGCCCCCUCCUGCCAGCCCAGCUGCUGCCACCCAGCCUCCUGCGUGUCCCUGCUCUGCCACCCCAGGUGCUCCCGCCCUGCCUGCUACUGAGUGAUCUUCAGGUCACCCCAAAGCUCACUACCAUCUGCACCCCUGGAUCCUUACUCAGGGCCAGGACAGCUGUGGAGCACUCCCCUGCAGUGGACACUAUGUCACCUGGCCACUCACUGUGCAUUUCUUGUCCUGGGAAUAGCACACUAACUUCUUCAAGCAUUGACAACCCCCAGCCCCGGUCACAUGCCACCCCCCCGGCCUGGGUUGGUACUGACCCCAGGGAGGCAGCCAGCCCCCCCUCAGGCUGGGACCCUGGUGUGGAGUAAAGGACAAGAAGGCAUAUGCUGGGAGGUGGUUUGUCUUCGCGGCCCCUAGACCCUGGUGUGGCCCUGGCUCCUCCACUGGUUCCUAACUGCUUUCUUAAUUUUUUUUUCCUUCCUCUGUGAGCUGUCAGUCCUUUCCAAUAAAUUCUUUCCUGAUCCAUUAAA